CAAAUCCAAAAUACUCAAAAAUUACAUAUAUUACCAAAUAUCAAUAUUUUAAAAACUUCUUCAAUAUUACAAGAUACAAACUUAAUGAGAAACCCUUAUAGUUCUUACAACAAUAAUCAUGCUAAAAGAGAUUUUAUUAAUAUAAUUGAAAAAGUAAUUAAAGAAAAAACUUUAGCUAUUGUAUCAAAGCAUAUUACUUCUAAUAUGCCAGUAUACCAAUUUGUUGGAUUAAUUGAACUAAAAGAUUGUAGUGCAAAUAAAAUUAUAAAAAAAUUAAAUGAAUUUUUUAAAAUUAAAAAUCUUUUAGUUUUAAUAUUAGACCAUUUUGGUAGUGAUGAAACAUCAGCUAUAGUGUUUGAAAAUAGAUUAAAAAUUCUAGUUGAUCUAGAGUUAAUUUGA